GGACGCGGACGCGGAAGUGAUGAUUGAGGCUGCUGUCAACAGUCCACCGUGCGGGUAUAAUAGGUAGAAAUAGAAGAUACAUGUCAGACGUGUGUGCUCUUUACCUGUGCAGAGGUGAGGUGAGGUGACGUGUGCAAUGUUAACAGAGCACGAGGAGACGUUUGGAGGCAUCAGUGACGUAGACGUGCUAACUUAAAGCUAACGGCUAACAGCUAACAGCAGAGAGCAGCCAUGGCCGAGGCCGGAGCUCACCUGACCUCCACCUCUGUGAACGAGCAGCCGUCCAUCUUUGAGGUCCUCGCCCAGGAGUCUCUGAUGGAGGCGGUCAGACCGGCCCUGAAACACGCCAUCAAGGUUCUCGCCGAGUCCAACCCCUCCCGUUUCGGCUUCCUGUGGCGGCGCUUCGACGAGCUCUACCUGCUCCUGGACCUCGUCCUGCAGAACCACUUCCUGUCCCACUGCAGCGCCUCCUUCUCUGAAAACUUCUACGGUCUGAAGAGAGCUACUGGACGGGGAUUCGCCGUCCGCCUGGGGCUGAACAGGAAGUCACACUGGCGCUCUCUUCUGCUCCUGUGCCUCGUGCCGUACCUGCGGGCCAAGCUGGAGGUGACGCUGGCGCAGCAGAGGGACGAGGAGGACUUCUCCAUCCGGUUGGCGCAGAGCAGGAGUCAGAGGCUGUACCGCGCGGCCGUCGCAGCGUAUCCCUACGUGAGCUCGGCCUGGCAGGCGUGGGUCUUCUGCCAACAGAUGCUCUACGUCUUCGGUGUCGCCAAGACCCAUAAUCCUCUUCUGUGGCUCGCCAGGGUCCGACUGGCACGACUAAACGCUCAAGAUAUCAGAGACCUGGAGCUGAAGCCAAGCAGAGCUGAGCACCCAGCUGAGGGGAGCCUGCUGCAGAGGGCGUGGUGGUUGAUGUCACAGACAGCGAGGGGUGCGGCCCUCUCCCUCUCCUCCUCCCUCUCCAUGGGCGUGUUCUUCCUGCAGUUCCUGGAGUGGUGGUACUCCUCAGAGAACCAGAGCACGGUGAAAACGCUCACCUCCCUGCCUGCGCCUCCACCCCCGCUCCACCUGAGGCAGGACCAGAACAACCAGGAGCCUUCGUCCAAUCACAGCGGAGACGCUCAGUCCACCUCCAACACAGUGAACUGUCCGCUGUGCAGAAGGAUUCGAACAAACUCCACGGUGCUGUCGACGUCUGGUUUCGUCUUCUGUUACAGGUGUAUCUACACGUUUGUGAAGGCGAAUCGACGCUGCCCGGUCACAGGAUUCCCCACUGAGCUGCAACACCUCAUCAAAAUCUACUCACCAGAGAGCUAGAGCAAAAUGUCCGGACCUCUCACACUGAAAUCUGUUAAAUAAAACUGAGGCCUUGUUCUAAAAAAAAAAGUAAAGAAAACUCCAGUAUUCAUGAGCUGCAAGACUCUGUGAAAAAGAAAAAACACACUGUGAUUUCUGUUGUCAGCUUUCUGAAGAUUUAAAUGUUUUGCAGGAAUUUGUUAAACCACAUUUCCAUUUUCGAAAUCAGGUAAGUUAAGGAAAAGCUGCGCAGAAUUGUUUCUGUUUACCAAUUAUGAAGUGUGCCUUUAAAGAGAAAUGUUUUGUUUUUUUAUAAAUCACAAAAAUGCUAAAUGUUCAAUUCACACUGAAUUAAGUUAAUUAUGAAAUUAAAUUAGUUAGUGGGGGUGGGACUGUUUUCUAAAAUGCUAUGAUGGAUAUAAAUGGGUUGAGCUUGAAUAACACCAAAAGCAAAAAAUGUAUAAAUAAAAUGAAGUAUUUACAUUUUAAA